AUGCCGACUUAUAAGUUUGAAGCGGAGUUGACACUUCAUUGUGUACGCCCAGCUUUAAAAAUUACCAACUGCUUACAGGUUCACUCCCCAGGAACCUGGCUUGCCAACAGGGACAAAUUAUAUGUUAUUGUGGAUGUUUUCAACUCAUGCCGAAGAACGAGGCUCGUGGAGCCAAUAUUUCCAUUAUUGAUUCAUGAGAAAUUUGUAUUUCAGAAGAUAUUCUACAGCGCUUUAUCUGCUUGUAACGUUAUUGACAGACUUGAUGAUGAAAGAAUCAGGAUUGAAUUGAGACAAAUAACUGACGUUUAUUGUGGCGGUACGCUUUUGGCUUAUUUUGAGACGACAGCACGGGAAUUAUUCUGCCCUUGCGCGCACAUGUGUACGCGAACUGUACCGAAGAACGAGAUAACACUUUUGCGAACAAUAGAUUUUCCAGGGAUUUCUCCAAGACUAGAAUAUUCAGCUUCAUCAGAAAUAAAAUACCACCCGCAUCCUCCAUAUGUAAGUUGCAUGCGUUCAAGUGAUCUAUUUUAUCAGGAGCUUCCUUACGGUACAUGCAGGCACGACUGUCUAACGCACUACUCACGCCCAUUGACUCCGAAUUACCAUCGUCCGACUGUCACCAGUGCACUCCGAUGCCGCUGUCCAGAUAAUCCUGAAAGGCUGUACACUCCCCUAGAAUCAACAUAUCGUGAAGUACGAAGCAAGAGUCCUUCGGUGAGAUCACGCACUGGUUCACACAAGCAGAAGGCAAGGCCAAGCUCAGAGAAACCCUAUGACGAUUUGUACACAACGAGAAUCCCCGUGCUGUCACACAAGUUCACGGUCGCGCCUAGUUGGGACUUGCGUGAUAGAGUCAUUCGGGAUGCGCAGGAUCGAAGCGAUCGCUACUGGAACUUGUAUCGGUUCUGGCAACUUGAAGCCGACAGACGUCGGGCUCGUCAUGUGUGAAGAUGCCGAAAAAGAUUCCCAUCUUACAGUUACAACCAAUCAUAUUAAAACAACUACACUUCUAAGUAUUUUGCACACAAUUAUUUUACCAUUUGUAUCCCCUCAGGCACUAUUGACAGAUGAAAAACAGAGCCAGUCCUACCUCCAAUGAAAUUUAGUCUUACCUAUUAUCUCGAUUGAUAUAUUAACGUCGCAUCAGCUCCAAUUCAUCGAUAACUUUUUUCCCUUGAGUUUUAACAUAUGUGCCUUAUUAAAACAGCCGUUUACUUUUCUACCUUGCUGAACAUCCAUGAAGAUGUAAUUUUCUUAUGUAGAGCUUCUGGUUCAGUGUUAAUAUCCACGGUACAGUACAGCUGUGAUAUCUAGCACUUUUAAACGCAUUAUAUUCCUUGAGUGACUGAUAAACUAUUUUUGUUGCCUA